AUGGGAAACUUUUACAAUUCGCAUGCGGAACUACUAGCCAUGCAAGCUGCCAACCGCGAGGACUUUUACGAGAAAAACAAUGAAUGGUGGCAAACGGGUGGCUAUGGUGGUGCCACAGACGAUGAAGAAAUGAUUGGUGAUGAAGAUGGUGCCAGUGAUUGCCUGGAAGGCCUUUUCUUUUUAGACAGACUGAUACAAAAGAACAACAAGGACAAGAACAAUUCAUUAUUGAUGCAACACAAAUUAGCCGUUGAUGUGGGAGCUGGGCUAGGACGGAUCACCAAAGGCAUUCUGUUGAAGCACUAUGACGAAAUUCAUCUGGUGGAAGGAAACUCUGCCUACAGCAAGCGGAGUAAAGUCAAGCUCGGAAAGAAGAAGGCCAAGCGAUGUGUCUUUACCCAGUGCUAUUUACAAGAUAUUAAUUCUCAGACACUUGGUACCAAUAAGCCAAUAGAUCUCAUAUGGAUCCAAUGGACGUUGCAAUAUUUGACUGAUUGUGAUGUGAUUGAGUGCCUGAGAAUAUUGGCAGAGGGCCUGCGACCCAUUGUGGGGGUGUUGGUCGUCAAGGAGAAUCGACCCUUUGGAAUACAAAGAGAAGACCGGUUUCAAAUGGACACUCCAGCGGGAGAGAACAACCGAUAUGACAUUACAAGACCCGAUGCCCAUCACCGACUGCUGUUUCAAAUGGCCGGGUUAACGGUGAAGUCCACGGAACGGGGCGAAGAGACCAAUACUUAUGAGUUGACAAAUGAAACAUUGUGA